GAAGAAGAACGUCGAGACUGGAAAAACGGUCGUGUGCUCCUGAAUGAACAUUACUUCCUCUUCUGGGAACACCCUGCACGUUGUGAGACAUCCGCAGAUAUUCGUGGAAUCGCGACAGACACCGAACCGAUAUCAAAAUGGGUUGUUUUGGGAGCAAAGACAAGUUGAGCAAAGAAGAUAUGGACUUUCUUAAGUCGCAUACACGAUAUGACGAGGCGACUAUAAAGGAAUGGUACAAAGGUUUUAAACAAGACUGUCCUAACGGCAGAUUAACGCCGGCGAAAUUCGUCGAUAUGUACAAAAUGUUCUUCCCGUCCGGCAACGCGGAAGAAUUCUGCGAUCAUGUUUUCCGCACAUUCGACAUGGAUAAGAACGGCUACAUUGAUUUUAAGGAAUUUCUACUGGCGAUCGACGUAACGUCCAGCGGCACGCCGGAAGAAAAACUGAAAUGGGCGUUCCGUAUGUACGACGUUGAUGGCAACGGCGUUAUCGAUAUGCAAGAAAUGACGAAGAUCGUCCAGGCGAUAUACGACAUGCUCGGCGCGUGUUCGAGCAACAGACCGGCGGACAGCGCGGAGGAAAGAGCGAAGAACAUAUUCGCGAAGAUGGACGAGAACAACGACGGGCAGCUGACGCAGGAGGAAUUCCUGAAGGGCUGCCUCCAGGACGAGGAGCUGUCCAAGAUGCUCGCCCCUUAAUCCCGACGUCGCCGCACUUCCGGACGAGCCGUCGACGCGCGAUCGUAAAAUCACACCACGACCCACACGACUCCCUCAAAACUCGACGGAAACGUCAAGAAAUACCAGCAGCAAUAAGGAAACACUGAAACGGAUAUUCGCGAGCAUACACGCAUCAUUUACGUACGGCCGUAUCAACGACAAUUUCUUAUUAACUCUUUGACGUAACGCUAUUACGCUAUGACGGUUCGAUAACGAGCCCGUCGCUCGUGUCCGACGGGAGGAUACGUGAUAACAAGGGAUGAUCGAGAAUGAUCGAUAAGGAAGUGGAGGGAGAGCGACUCGAAAUCGCUUCCGAGAGAGAAAGAGAGAGCGAGACCCGUGAGAGGAAAAAUUUUCGAGGGGGAUUGAUCUCGAUGACACGUUGCACAUUCGAUUUUUGAUUCGGGAUUUUUGUGGGACGGCAGCAGCAACUGUGGUGGUGUUUAUUCAGCCCUGGAGAAGGAGGAGGCCCCGUGAAUAUGGGAAACGGACAGACAGUGACAUCGCCGACGACGACGGCGGGGGAUCUAAUUAGCUUUGCGUGGAAAUCCGUUAUCCGUUUCGCGAGUUUGUCACAUCGACAACCGCACGGCGAACCGAACCCCCGCUCGCUGGGUCGUCGUCCGGAUUUAGGAAUUUCCUCAAACUGUGCGGUGACUUAGCGCGGUGAAGGAGCCUUCCAUUCUCACCGGAAUAAGUGACAACGUCGGUCCUCGAGGACCGCGAUGGUUUUCAAAAUCCGCGUUUGCACCGACAAUUUGGCUCAGCUGAUCUCGGAGAAAGUACGAUUUGAUGCUGUCUCUUUCCGGAUUACAGUUCCGUCUAAUGACAACUUGGUGAAUCCCCUGAUGCGCAUUAAGAAUCAUCAAGAUUUACACGUAACUUUGCAUAAUUUCGCUUAUCGCAAUGAUACGUCACGAAUCUAAUUUCAUUCUGGAUAAAAGAAGAUAAUCUUAAUAAUUUUUAAAAGUAUCGCGGUGAGUUUUACCAAACUUGUAAUAUUGUCUUUGCAAACGUAUUGAUUUUGUUAUUUGUACAGAAUUGAUAUAAUUGUUCAGGCACAUCAUAAAUUUCCUUACGUCGUAAAUUGUUUGUUGCUACAAAUAUUU